UGGGAAAACGAGUCGACAAAACCUGAUCAGCUGCGCAUUGGUGUUCGAUGAUGAGGAUUAAUUUUUCGACAUUGGCAUUCCUGAAUCUGGGAUUUUUACCUUCCCUGUCUGAGAAAAGUUGAUUUGGACCAAUUCGAACUAAUUUGGAGACUUUUCAGAUGGCACACUUGUCACAAAUGCUUUCUUUUGGAUUACAAAAUACCCGACACACCUUAGUACCCUGCAAUAUUAAUAACUUGGUGAAAGUUUGUCUCAGGUUUGCUUCAAAGAAAGCCAGCAGUAACACAAGCAACAAGAGUAGCCAUAGCAGGCCAAAACACAGAGGAUGGAAAGUACAAGAUGGAGCUUACGUACAAUGUGGUAGGCUAUUGGUCACGCAAAGAACAACUAGAUUUCAUCCAGGUCUUAAUGUCGGGUUUGGAAGAGAUGGAUCUUUAUUUGCCAUAGAGGCGGGCAGAGUAAUGGUAACUUGUGAGACAAUUGACCCCAAUUGGGAACACACCUGGAUCCAACGCAAUUAUGCCGGCCGUGAAAAUCAAUUGAUAUAUAAGAAACACUUUAAUAUUAUUCCUAUUCCUCAACACAAUCGAUUCAAAUUAAUAGACAAAGUAUAAAUAUAUAUGCAUAAAUAUAUAAAUAUAUAUGUAUAGGAAAUAACAACUUUUGUUGACUGUAAAAUCCCAUUGUUGAGUAAAUUGAUGAUACCUAUAUUUAGAUAUUAAUAAAAUUGACCAUUCUA